AUGACUCAUUCCCUCUCGCCUGUAUCCCCCACAGCUUGUGCUAGGGCGAAUCAACUUCAAACCACCCUCACCAAACCCCCAAAACUAUAUCUGGACCUUCUACCAUGCGACGUCGUACAUCGGAUUCUCACCAACUUCACACCGGAUCCUUCUCACCCGGAUUCGUUUUAUGAAUUUAUCUUUCUGGGCGAAUCAAGUCCUCAUUUCCGUUUGGUAAUCCUCCAAAUCCUUUCCUCUAACUUAGUCCUCACUCGACACUUCCCACUUCUGGAGCGAUGGGCUGCCCUUAUCCAGCCCAUUCUACGAGAGCUGGACAUUCGGGUGCAUCCAAAGUCAUCUAAUUCUGGGCUUGCUUCUCUCCUUCGUGCACCGAAGCUCGCACGGGUCCAAAUGGUCUCUGUACUGCCCACUCUGCGGGAACUCCAUGGAGCCCGUUCUCUUCGCACGUUGUCGCUCGACGUGUACACAAUUGUUCACAUUCCGCUUGUGUUUGAGUGCUUAGCGUCACUGCCUCGUCUUGAAGACUUGGCACUCAAGCUUGUGUAUUCAGUAAGUCACCUUCGUCGUAACGACCACUCAUGCUGUCUUGUACCGAGAGGCAAUGAUUAUGUCAACUUAGCAAGGUCUUGUCCAAACAUUACAAAGCUCGAGGUGCAGUGCUUGUGCUUUUCCUUCGAAAGAUGCAUGGUUUGGCGUUUCGCCUUCUCCCUCCCCAAAAUUUGCCACCUCAUCGUGCAUCAGGCAGGAUCAUUCCGUGACUAUUACAAUUGGCGUUACGCGUCUGAGGUUCGCGAGACCAUCAUCCUGCAUCCUCGUAUCGAACGGCCGGUAAAGCAUCUAUCAGUUCAUGCCGUCUGCGGUGUUUUCAAAUAUGAGGCGCGAUUCGCCGAAUCAUGCAAACCUUGCCCAAAGUCUAUAUUUUCAGUUCCGCUACGCUUGCACGAAGACCGUACCUAUCAAAACGCAAGAGCCGUCAUCAUGUUUCCGAGCCCCACAUCUUUGCUAGAGUCUUUGGAGAUUCGAAAACCUGCCUCUGAUCAUCCCUACCACUAUGGUAAAUUCGAGUGUGGGUCAAUUCUCCGUAACAUUCGCACCAUGCCCUUACUUUCUGUGUUGUCUCUGCAUGAGGUUGUUAUCGCGAAGAAUGAACUUGUAUCAAUACUGAAAGAUAUUGGCGACAGACUGAGAAAGCUUCAUAUUUCCAUCGAACACCAAGGCGAGAGAGCACAUAAGCGGUUGCAUUGUCUCCUGCACACAUUAGCGACAAAUAAUACUUCUCUUCGGGAGCUCAGCAUCGAUUCUAAGUUGCUGAUCAAGUCGGAACGCCGUCAGGAAAUUUCUCCCUUUGAGCAAUCACUUCAUCAAGAGGAACUACGAGCGGCCUACGACGAGUUUUGCCUCCAAUGCCCACAUGCACAGAUCACAGCAGAGUCGCGUGCACUGUCGUAUGCAGAACUUGAAGAGGCCGUCUUUACGUUUUGGGACUUCGAAUGCUACAGCGAUUGA